GCGGGGUCGCGCUGCGGGGUGCUGGCCCAGCGGUCGCAGAGCCUAGGCUGAGGGUUCGAGGGGUACUCGCUGAGUGAGGGCCUAGCGGCCGCGCCCUGCCAUGGAGCGGGCGAAGAUGGCGGAGGAGAGCCUGGAGACGGCAGCGGAGCACGAGCGGAUCCUGAGGGAGAUCGAGAGCACAGACACGGCCUGCAUCGGGCCCACGCUCAGGUCUGUCUAUGAUGGUGAGGAACAUGGACGAUUCAUGGAGAAGCUAGAAACUCGCAUCCGCAAUCAUGACCGAGAAAUUGAGAAAAUGUGCAACUUUCACUACCAGGGCUUUGUGGACUCUAUUACCGAACUACUGAAAGUACGAGGAGAAGCCCAGAAACUCAAAAACCAAGUGACGGAUACUAACAGAAAACUGCAGCAUGAAGGCAAGGAACUGGUAAUAGCAAUGGAAGAGCUGAAGCAGUGUCGACUACAACAGAGAAAUAUUUCUGCCACCGUUGAUAAGUUAAUGCUGUGUCUUCCAGUCCUAGAGAUGUACAGCAAACUGAGGGACCAGAUGAAAACCAAAAGGCAUUAUCCUGCUCUGAAGACUCUGGAACAUCUGGAGCACACCUAUCUGCCUCAAGUGAGCCACUAUCGAUUCUGCAAGGUGAUGGUGGACAACAUCCCGAAGCUUCGGGAGGAGAUAAAAGAUGUUUCCAUGUCUGACCUCAAAGACUUUUUGGAGAGCAUCCGCAAACAUUCAGACAAAAUCGGAGAGACUGCCAUGAAGCAAGCCCAACAGCAAAGAAACCUGGAUAACAUUGUCUUGCAGCAGCCUAGAAUAGGAAGCAAGAGAAAAUCUAAGAAAGAUGUUUAUACGAUCUUUGAUGCAGAGAUGGAGAGCACAAGCCCAAAGUCUGAACAGGAUUCAGGAAUUCUAGACGUUGAAGAUGAGGAAGAUGAUGAAGAGGUACCCGGGGCUCAAGACUUGGUGGAUUUCUCUCCUGUGUAUCGAUGUCUACACAUAUACUCUGUCCUGGGUGCCCGAGAAACGUUUGAGAAUUACUACCGAAAACAGAGGCGAAAACAGGCUCGGUUGGUGCUCCAGCCUCCAUCUAACAUGCACGAAACUUUAGAUGGCUACAGGAAGUAUUUCAAUCAAAUUGUAGGAUUUUUUGUGGUUGAAGAUCACAUUUUACAUACAACCCAAGGUUUAGUGAAUAGAGCCUACAUUGAUGAACUGUGGGAAAUGGCACUUUCAAAGACCAUCGCUGCAUUGCGUACCCACUCGUCCUACUGUUCUGACCCGAACCUUGUCUUGGACUUGAAGAACCUCAUUGUGCUCUUUGCUGACACACUUCAGGUGUAUGGUUUUCCUGUGAAUCAACUUUUUGAUAUGCUGUUGGAAAUAAGAGACCAAUAUAGUGAAACCUUGUUGAAGAAGUGGGCAGGAGUCUUCCGAAACAUACUUGAUUCUGACAACUACAGUCCUAUACCAGUAACAAGUGAAGAGACAUACAAAAAGGUUGUAGGACAGUUCCCAUUUCAAGAUAUAGAACUGGAAAAGCAGCCAUUUCCCAAAAAGUUUCCUUUCUCUGAAUUUGUGCCAAAAGUUUACAACCAGAUUAAAGAAUUUAUCUACGCCUGCCUGAAGUUUUCAGAAGAUCUUCAUCUAAGCUCCACUGAAGUUGAUGACAUGAUCCGUAAGUCUACAAACCUGUUGCUGACCAGGACUCUGAGCAACUCUCUGCAGAACGUCAUUAAGAGGAAGAACAUUGGCCUUACUGAGCUUGUCCAGAUAAUCAUCAAUACAACACACUUGGAGAAGUCCUGUAAAUACCUGGAGGAAUUCAUCACCAAUAUCACUAAUGUGCUUCCAGAGACGGUUCAUACCACCAAGCUCUAUGGCACCACAACUUUCAAGGAUGCUAGACAUGCAGCUGAAGAAGAGAUAUACACAAACUUAAAUCAGAAGAUUGACCAGUUUCUGCAGCUGGCUGACUACGACUGGAUGACCGGAGACCUGGACAACAAAGCCAGCGACUACCUAGUCGACCUCAUCGCCUUCCUUCGCAGCACGUUUUCUGUCUUCACACACCUUCCUGGGAAAGUGGCCCAGACAGCCUGUAUGUCAGCCUGCAAGCAUUUAGCCACGUCCUUGAUGCAACUUUUGCUAGAAGCAGAAGUAAGGCAGCUCACUUUGGGAGCAUUGCAGCAGUUCAACCUGGAUGUCAGGGAAUGUGAACAGUUUGCCAGAUCCGGCCCGGUGCCUGGGUUCCAGGAGGACACGCUGCAGUUGGCCUUCAUCGACUUGAGACAACUAUUGGACCUCUUCAUUCAGUGGGAUUGGUCCACAUACCUUGCUGACUAUGGACAGCCCAACUGCAAGUACCUCCGGGUGAACCCUGUGACAGCUCUGACUCUGCUUGAAAAGAUGAAAGAUACUAGCCGCAAGAACAGCAUGUUUGCACAGUUCCGGAAAAAUGAGCGGGACAAGCAGAAGCUGAUUGACACUGUGGCCAAGCAGCUCCGAGGACUCAUCAGCAGCCACCACUCCUGAAUGUUGGCCUUGGGCCCACAGAGGCCACUUGCCCAUAGCCAGUGGUCCAGGAUCUCCCCUGGACUGGCCCUGCAUUUGUGCAUUCUUCCUCAAAGAGAGCAUCUGUAUUUUUUUAUUAACCCCUGUACAGUAUUCACAUAACCUUUCCCUAUAGUAAGAGAGGCACAAGAACAAGCAAGAACAUAAAGGGCUUAGAGGAAGUCACUGCCACACUUCCCGUGCUAUCCUGGGAACACUACACUGUCAUGCCAACACAGUGAGCAGCCUCUUAUCCAGUGCUCCACAAAUUCAUUUGGUGCCUGGCGCUGGGAGGUGAGACAAAGAAAUAAAAGGAUAAAAAUACUCAGCCUGUCAGCUCUCCAGUGCUCGCUUAAGUGAACAGGAGAGCCUGGAGCCAUGCCUAUGUGAUAUACCAAAGCCAGCCUCAGCUUAAGAUAUCCGUCUGCCUCGUUGGCUGAAUUAUCGGCUCAUGAGAGUACGGUAUGUGGCAAAAUGACUAUUUCACUCUGGUCCAAUAGGUGGUGUUUCAUUAGUGUAAGUCUAACCAGGCCUUCUGGCCUGCUGUGGGGUAGUGAGCUGAGUAAACAUUUGGGCCU